AUGUUUUCUACAACUGAAUCAACUACAAAUGAUACAUCAAGUUCUUCAGCUGCCAUGUCCCAUAAUUCUCUAAACUAUACUCAAGGAUCCGAAGCUCUUUUUCAAUCUGUACUUUCUAAUACACUUGCUAUUAAAUAUUUUCAAAAGUUUGCUAUUCGUGAAUUUUCUGUAGAAAACUUAUUAUUUUGGUUAGAUGUAGAACUUUUUGCAGCAGGCAUUUCUUGUGAGAUUGAAGAUAAUUACUUUGAAGAACAACAAACUGCUGUCAUAUAUGCAAAAUAUAUUUAUUUAACUUACAUUAGUCCAAACGCACCAUUACAAGUUAAUCUUAGUGACGAGAUAAGAAAAGAUAUUCCUUGGCCAAUAGAUGAUGAUUCUGAUGUAGAAAGGAAUAUUUUUGACGAGGCGCAAGAAGCUGUUUAUCAAUUAAUGAAAGGUCAUACUUUCGUCAGAUAUGAGAAUGGUUCCGAAUGGAAAGAAUGUGAAAAAAUAAAAAUGCAAGAACCUGAAAGAUAUCAAAAUCAUGAAAUGACAGCAAAGCUUGAAAAUUAUUUUCGACCAAGCAUGUCGCUUAUGCUUGCUGUUACCACGACUCUUGAUAAUGGUACAGAUCAACCACCAAUGUCACAUCAUUAUAAAGAACAAACGCUUCAUUCCAUUUUAUCUCAAUAUUUCCCUGAUACUGUUCUCCUUGACAAUACAGGAAAGCGAGCCGAACAAGAAUACAGUCAAUCAGUUACAGAUGAUUCUGUUUCAACAAUAAGUGGUUAUUUUGAUUUAGAAAAUAUAAUGACAAAUGCACAAAAAAUGAGAAGGAUCAAAAAGGAGAAAAAACUUAAAUGGCUAUUUGGUGAAAAGGUUAAGAAGACGGAAGAUCAAGUUGUUGUAUUACCAGAUGGAAAUCUUUAUGGCGAUGGUAAAUUAAGUUUUGGUGAUGAUGAUGAUAAAAGAAGUGUCUAUUCAACAAUAUCUGAAAAUAAGAAAUCAACAAAAGAAGCUUGGAACAGAAAGAAGAAAGUUGAUAAGAAAUUGCAAAUAAUGCUCGGAGAAGCUUUAGAUGAAAAUAUGGUUAAACAUGCUCUAAAACUUCCAUUAAUUCAAUCAACUCCUAGCACUUCGCCUUGUCAAGAAAGGUAUUUUGAAGCGGAUAGACUUUCGGUGAAUUAUCAAUACGAGGGCCGCAAUAGAAUUAGCAACGCGGGAUCAUACAUCAAGCAACGUAUUAGUAGACGUGCAUCAGACUCAAUGAUUACAUCUACUACACCUAACACUAAUAACAAUGACAAAAACAAUAAUUGCAAUAAUCCAAAAGUAACGAUGGCAACGUCACCAAAAAGCCCACACGAAAACAAAAAUUAUAAAACAAGCACAAUUGAUAAUGAUCUAAAUGAUCCUUUGAAUAGAUUCAAUAUUCCAUUGAUUGUUAUUGACAAAGACACGAAGGAAUAUAGAAGAAAAAAAUUGCAAAAACUUCACCAAUUUUUAGGUGAAAGAGUACCUAUAGAUAUUGUAUUGGGAGAAAAAGAUUCUUCGAUUUAUCUGCCACCACCAGCAGGCGAAUUAAAAUUAGCAGUUAAACCCAAAAGUAAAAAACAUAGGCCUCCACCAUUAUCAUCAUACAAAAAAAAUUCACUGAAUGAUAAAAAGCGACAUUUACAAAGAGCAGUAAAAUUAGAAAAAUUGUUUGGGGAAAUACCGCCACAAGAUCUUUUAUUGACAACAUCUUCACAAUCAAGAUCCAAACAUGAUUCGAUAUCCAGUUUAGAUAUUCAUCGUAAAAGCAUUAUGUCACUUGAAUAUUUGAUGGAAAAUGAUAGAGAAACAAUUUACGAUUUGAUUGAUUAUAUGUCAGACAAUGAAAAAGAAAACCAACGAGAUUCGUUGGAAAUUGAAGAAGAUUAUGAUUUAAAUAUUAUAUCUUCUUCUGCGCCAGCUACACCACUAGAAACCUCUUUAACGAUGGAUUUUGACUUAUUGUCUUCAAAAGAAUCAACACAAUCACAUCAACACUUAAAACAUAAACAAUUACGAUUAAGAGGUAUACGUAAAUUAUCACAUUUUUUUGGGGCAACAUACGGACAAAUGUUUCCGGAACAAGUGUUGAGUGAAUUAUUAGGUGAACUUGAAGGAGAGAUAAGAGAAGAAGCAAAAAAAGAUGGCGAGGUUGAUAAGGAAUUGAUAGCAGGAUUGAUGGAACAAAUCGAAGAACUAAGAACAAGAAGUAGUGAAUUAGCAGAUUCAGAUGUUGAAACACGUAGAGGAUUAUGUUAUUAA